UUGUGUCAGAUUAGGUCGAAAACAUUUCAAUUCCUCAUCAAUUUUUUCUGCAAUAUUCAUCCAACUUCCAAUUUUACGACAAUUUUUGAUGCAAAAAUCAAAUUUCCCUCACCAAUUUUGCGUUUCAUUCAUCGAAAAUCCCCCAAAAAGCAGUUAAAUGUAUUGAAAAACGGCAAAAUUUGUUCCUCUGCGUGUCAAUUGCAACACAAAAAAUCCAAGGUUUCACUUUUUUCGCUUUUGCACCGACAAAUAAAGAAUUUGAUCAAUGGACAUGAUGGACGAUCACAGUAACACAAGUAAUGAAAUUAGUAUGGCAGUGAAUGAGUUGCACGCAUUAACUCAGGAAAACUUGCCGGAUAAACACGAAACAGGAAUUGCACAAAAAUCGUAUCAUUUUCCCGGCAAUGUUUCGGAUCAUUGCGGAUUGCCUUUGAUGGGUAAUAGUCAUAGUAGCGGGUUAAGCAGGACUUCCAGUGAUAAUAAUCUCAAUGCGUUACCUGGAUUGAGCGUACAAAUGAAUUCACAGUAUAUCUCGAAGAUAAUUUGUCCCAUUUCUCGUCGUCUUGGGCCUCGAAGUGCAAUGCCCCAUUUACGGAUGCGUCCGUAUUGGGUACCGGCUCGCCAUCGAACACGCAGCGAAAACUCCGGAUCUGUCGUCGAAACGGGCUCCUUUGACAUCAACGAAAUUUUGGAACAAACCACUUUCGGUUCGGAGACAAUUAACGCCCUCAUGGAUACUUACGAAAAAUCCGAAUUUGCAACGACGACGAAUCACAUCCCUGUCAGUUACAACUUGGAUGACUUUUCGAGCAACGUUCUCGUGACAAAAGUAAAAAUCCUGAAGAAAUCCAAAUCGCUUGAGGAAUUGCGGAGCGACGACAACAUCGAUGGAUCUCAACCGUCGCACGAGAUGGAAUUUGUCAGUAAUCGAAUACAAAAGUUAAAAGUGCAAGAAUGAUUUUUCGACGAGAAAACAUAAAAAAAGAGAUUUUUUUUUCGAACAAAUAUUACAUUUGUAAGUGCAUCCUGAUAUUGUUAUUAAAAAUAAGAGAUAAGGAGUAAAAAAUAAAAAUUUAUAUUGAAAUUAA